AAAUAUCCACGGGAUCACCCUCCCGCACUGUAUUCCAGCAGGAGAAGGGAGCAGGGGCAGUGCCAAGGACGAUGCGGGAGGGAAGCUCUGCAGGGAGCACACUGGAGCAUGGCUUUCCUCCUCCCUUCUGGUUUCUAGAACACUGUUCCCCCAAAGGGAUCGUGCCCCUCACGACUGUGAUCCCAAAAAUCCCCCUGGCAUGGUUCCUUCGGACAAGCAGCCAGCUGCCCCACCAGCACUGCCAGCAUUCCAGUGCCACCAGGACCACCAGCAUCCCUCUGCUGCUGGAUGGACCGUCACCCCUCAGGGAAGAGAAAUGAGGAAAGGUAGAAGCCUGUCAGGAGAGGGAAGGCAGUCGGAGAAUGGGACAUUCUGCAGGGAAGGAGUGUUUCUAACCAGGAGGAAAAGAGGAGCCAUUUUCAAAACUCUUCAUGUGGACCUUUUUGACAAAAGUCAAUUCCUUUGUGGUAAAGAAAAAAAAAAUUCAAGAUAGAUAACUUCAAGGAAGUGGAGCUCUGACAAAGCCAAAGUUGUAAAACUGGUUUCAACUGCCCUAUGACCCCACGGAGCCUUGGGGAAAAAACACGAGGACAGGGCACGGAGAGGAGCUGGUGGGACAGCAGUGGGCACCUCCUGGUGAUCUGGGCACUUUCUCCUUCGUGUUCCUGGCCUGGGAGGAGCCGCUUUAGGAUGUGGAUCCCAAAGGAGCAAGGGGUGCCAGGAAGCACCGCUGAUGGGGACAGAGCCCCUGUGCCUGCUGCUGCCCCACACUGAACAGGGAGCUGCUGAGGAGCUGCUUGGUCCAUCCCUGGAUUCUCCAAGCACUGACUGCCCAUCCACUCUGACCACAGCCGGGGCCACAUCCCAGCGCCUGCCCAGCGUCCAUCCAUGGCGGUGAGCUCCAUGUCCCCACCUUCUGCCUCACCCAUGGGAGAAGCUGAUCUGUGUGAGAUAGGUGUCACCGACAUGGCCAUACACGGUUUCACGCUGCUCAUCAGCCUCUGUGGGGUGGCCGGGAAUGCGGCUGUCUUCUGGUUCCUCGGCUUCCACAUCAAGAGGGACACCAUGAAACCCAUCACUGCCUACAUCCUUGACCUGGCCAUUAUCGACUUCCUCUUCCUCAUCUUCAUGGUCCCCUCUUCCCUGCUUUUCCUGCUGGAGGAUUUGUCCUGCUCUGCCAUCAUGCCCCCAGCAUACAUUAGCUUCCUUUUCCUCCUGUUCGUGUUGUUCUACAGCGUAGGGCUGUUCCGGCUGACGGCCAUCAGCAUCGAGAGGUGCAGGUCCAUCCUCUGCCCACGUGGGUACUUCUGCCACCUUCCCCAGGACCUGUCAUGGGUGGUGGUGAGUGCCCUGCUCUGGGCCCUGUCCAUCGCUGUCAUCGCUGCCAUUUCCGCAGUGACUUCCCUGUGCCAGUCACAGGAACGCGAGCACUGCCGGGGGGCUCUCAUCUCCCUGUACAUCCUCAGCUUCCUCGUCUUUGCUCCAUCCGUGGUCAUUUCCAGUGCAAUCCUCUUCAUCCAUUUCAAGGGUAGCUGCCAGCAGCAGCAACUCCAGAGGCUCGACAUCAUUGUCUUCCUCAUUAUGCUCCUCACUCUCCCCAUUAGCGUCUGGAAUUUCCUGCAGCAGCUCGGCUACACCACUGUGUCCUCCCAGGUCAUUCUCCUGUUCGCCUGCAUGCACAGCACCAUCAACCCCUUCAUCUACUUCUCUGUAACAAAGAGCUGGAGGCAGCGCUCCAUGAAGUCCCUCAGGAAAUCCCUCCAGAAGGUCUUCGAGGAGUCAGAAGAAAACACGGCCUGCAGCAGUGAUGACACCAUGGACAUGGGGGCCCUGAGCCCAUUGAACCCUUCAACUGCACCGAUGGAGGACCAAGGGGCAGUGGCUGAGGGAUUCCUUGAGCCACCAGAUCAAUAAAUAUCCACGGGAUCACCCUCCCGCACUGUAUUCCAGCAGGAGAAGGGAGCAGGGGCAGUGCCAAGGACGAUGCGGGAGGGAAGCUCUGCAGGGAGCACACUGGAGCAUGGCUUUCCUCCUCCCUUCUGGUUUCUAGAACACUGUUCCCCCAAAGGGAUUGUGCCCCUCACGACUGUGAUCCCAAAAAUCCCCCUGGCAUGGUUCCUUCAGACAAGCAGCCAGCUGCCCCACCAGCACUGCCAGCAUUCCAGUGCCACCAGGACCACCAGCAUCCCUCUGCUGCUGGAUGGACCGUCACCCCUCAGGGAAGAGAAAUGAGGAAAGGUAGAAGCCUGUCAGGAGAGGGAAGGCAGUUGGAGAAUGGGACAUUCUGCAGGGAAGGAGUGUUUCUAACCAGGAGGAAAAGAGGAGCCAUUUUCAAAACUCUUCAUGUGGACCUUUUUGACAAAAGUCAAUUCCUUUGUGGUAAAGAAAAAAAAAUCAAGAUAGAUAACUUCAAGGAAGUGGAGCUCUGACAAAGCCAAAGUUGUAAAACUGGUUUCAACUGCCCUAUGACCCCACGGAGCCUUGGGGAGCAACACGAGGACAGGGCACGGGGAGGAGCUGGUGGGACAGCAGUGGCACCUCCUGGUGAUCUGGGCACUUUCUCCUUCGUGUUCCUGGCCUGGGAGGAGCCGCUUUAGGAUGUGGAUCCCAAAGGAGCAAGGGGAGCCAGGAAGCGCCGCUGAUGGGGACAGAGCCCCUGUGCCUGCUGCUGCCCCACACUGAACAGGGAGCUGCUGAGGAGCCGCUUGGUCCAUCCCUGGAUUCUCCAAGCACUGACUGCCCAUCCACUCUGACCACAGCCGGGGCCACAUCCCAGCGCCUGCCCAGUGUCCAUCC